AUGUCCAUUAAGCCGCUGAUCCGCACCAUCGACCCUCGUAAUGUCCAAGCUGUCUUCUCGUCCGACGCUGCAAGCUACGGAAAUCGUCCCCUGCGGCAUUUCGCCUUCUCGCCGCUCGUUGGCGAUGGGGUCAUGACCCUGGAUGGAGGCCGGCACGAGCACGCGCGCGCCUUGAUCCGGCCGACGUUUUCGAAGGCGCAUAUUGAGAACGAGGGCGCCUACGACCGGCAUGUGCAGAAGCUAAUCGGCUCUCUUGCGGGCGAUGGGUCAACUGUCGAUUUGCAGCCAUUUUUGGAGCGGCUGGAUCUCGACUCCUCGACCGAAUUCAUCUUUGGUGAAUCCGUGGCCUCGCUGGACGAUCCCCCGAACGCGCUUCAGGCGUCACACAAGUUUCCGACUGCUUUCAAUGUUGCACAGCAAGGCAUGGGAGCGCGCUUUGCCAUGCUCCCGUUUAACUUCCUCCACCGCGACGAACAGUUCUGGGGAGCUUGCCGGAGUAUUCGCCAGUUCGUCGCAGAGUGUGUUCAAGACGCCGUGACCCGGCGCGAGAAGAAUGGCAAUAAAAUUGCAAUGGAUUACAUUCUCGUUGACAAUGUUCUUCAAGAAAGCCAGAGCCUGACAGAAAUCCAAGAUACACUAAUGAAUGUCUUUCUUCCUGGGCAUGAUACCAUUGCUAUCACCUUGUCUAAUAUCUUCUUCCACCUGGCUCGCCAUCCUGAAGCAUGGCGCAAACUUCGCCACCAGGUGCUUGAGUUGCCCGAGAUCACGACAGAGAAUGUAAAACGCCUCGAUCAUCUGCAAUACGUAAUCAACGAGACCUUCCGCGUCAACCCACCGGUAUCCAACAUGACACGCAUCGCAAUCAGAGACACAGUUCUCCCAACCGGCGGCGGACCGGACAAAACGGCCCCCGUCUACGUGCCCAAGGGCACCGUUGUCGGCUGCAGUUUCUACAACCUGCAUCGCCGCAGCGACAUUUAUGCUGACGACGACGGGGAUACAGAGUCAUGGCGCCCGGAACGCUGGGAGAAGUUAAAGCUACCACAGCUGGCGUGGAAAUUUAUGCCCUUUGGAGGCGGCACCCAUAUCUGCCCGGCGCAGAUUCUAGCCUUCAAUCGGGUUGCAUUCACAGUGGCGCGACUGCGUAUAAGCUGGUAA